GAAGUGACAUAAAGCUUGAAUAAGAUCAGCCUGAGGGCUGCGUUAUUGGUGCAUGUUUUAAACUGAUCGUGAGAGGUGGACUGUUGCUGCUGUCAUGCAAAUAUACUAGAGCUACUUUGUCCGUAAAACCUGGGAAAUCUUAGCUGUUAUAUUAACCAGAUUCUUCCGAUGGUUGCAUAAAGAUCUGAUAUUCACCUGAGAAAAAUGUUUGGAAUUGUGACAGUCCUGUUGCUGGAAAUGCAACUCUGUGAGGUUUCAGCUUUAUUUACAGUUGAAGUUCCUCAACAGCUGUAUGUCGUGGAGUAUGGGAGCAAUGUGACCAUGGAGUGCAGAUUCCCAGUGAACGGCUCAUUAAACCUUGGACUCCUAAGUGUUUUCUGGGAGCAGAAAAGGCAAGGUCGGCCAAAAUCAAAAGAGGUUUACACACUUCGCAAUGGGAAGGCAUUCCCUUCAUCCCAGCAUCAUGAUUAUGUAGGAAGAGCAGCACUAUUACACAAUGAAUUGAAACUGGGGCGAGCUAUGCUUCAAAUCUCCAGCGUAAAGAUCACGGACGCAGGAUCCUACCUCUGUCUCAUUGAAUACCAGGGAGCCGACUACAAGUACAUUACUUUAGAAGUAAAAGCAUCCUACAAGAGAAUAAACACACGAAUAAUGAGAAAAUCAGAUGAAGAUCAGUUUGUUUUUAUGUGCCAGUCAGAAGGCUUUCCUCUGGCAGAAGUAUUCUGGCAAAAUGAGAAGAAAUUUAAUCUCAGUGGAUCUGCAAAUACCACCUAUACCUUGACCGUGGACGGCCUGUACAACGUAACCAGUGUCCUGACGUUCACACCAAACAUGAGUGAAAUCUACAGCUGCGUGUUCUGGAAUAAAGAACUGAAUGAAAAAACAUCAGCUCACAUUUCCACUUUAGCUUUAAUGAGUACACGGUAUAGCGGACAAAAAUCACUGAUCUUAUUUAUCAUCCCCACAUGUGUGGUGGUAGCUGUUCUUCUCUCUGCAUUAAUAAUCUUUCAAAAGAGAAAAUCCUUCAAGAACUGCAAUGUCAAAAAAGGUGGAAAAAGAAAACUCCACCCUAAACAGAAAGAUGAGAACAGAGACAAUUGUAACUCUCAAACUCAGGCUUUAUGCUUGUCAACUGUACCAGGAGAUGGCAGGAACAUGCGUCUAUGAAAACUCUUCAUGUGACAUGCCGUAGUUUGCACUUUUUGUCUCUAUUUUUGAGGACUUCAGAGGAAAGUUGCAGCACUUUAGCUUUGGAAUUUGUUCAUUGGACUGAACAAUGAACUCAUGGGGAUUUGUUGGCACUGCAGCAAUGAAAAGCUGUGCCUUUUAAGAUACUGUAUCUAGAAGUUACAGGGAAUUAUGCUGUCAUUAAAUGUGGUUUACCAUGGUAAAGGGGAUAUUUGAGUGCCUUUCAUACACUUUACUUUUGGAGAUACUGUUGCUCAAGGCAUUUUUGUUCAGGAAUGCCUUUAUUAGCUGAUCUAGUCUCAGGAAUGUUGCUUGGACUCAAACAUCUUGUGGGACUUUGAAUAAAAGCUGUACACACUAUGUUAUGUUUGAACAGUCGUCUUUCAUGUGGAGACAUCGUUACAGGCCUGUAUACCAUUUCCAAAUUUUCCACCCUUUAAACUGGAAAUUUACACAAGUACUCACCAGCAAGACAGUUUAUGGAAGAUGUUUCAUACCACAGAGCCAAUGAGAGGUUGGAAGUUAAAUCAAAGGACAGCCAAAAAAGACCCAACUCCAACAGUAAAUCAACAUUACAUUGCAGAAGGAGAAUUUUAAUGCAUAGGCUAGGUAAAACCCUGUAUAGCUAUUUCUAAUUUGUGGAAAGCUGGUAAUAUUGAGACAGCUUUAGGGAGAUAAGUGGCCAGGUAAAAAAAUAUCAAGUGUGUUGCUUUAGCUACAUGACAAAAAAAGGUUUUGCAUCUUGAGCUGAUUACUCAACAGAAUUUUCUUUAGGAGGAAUUUGGAAGCAAAAGCGAAAGUGAAGUUCUGCCAGAUUUCUAUACCAGUUAUGUUCAAGACGUAAUUUUAACAUUUUCUCGGAGCAAGAGAUGAGUCUUUUCAAUGCCAAGUACUGAUCUGUUUUACUUCCCGUUACAGGAAUGCCUAAAAAUGCCUCGUUCAACUUUGAAUACACUUCGUGCAGGGAGUUACUUCUGUAGUGGUAGAUGUGAAAAAAUAAACAACAGGAAACAACAACUUGGCACUUUAGUCAUGACACAGUGAACCAAGGGCACCGGGUAGGAUUUGGCAUAUUAUUGGCCAAGGGCACUGGCUUUGGUGAGCUGUGUUUUCCCUUUAGAAAGAUCUUACAGGAUUGAAGAAACAAGCGUUCACAUGAGAACUAUUUUGGCAUCAUCUCUUGGAAGAGUGCUGUCUAUGUCAUUGUAAAAAAAAUCAUUACAGCAGCAAUGUCAAGAUUUUCUCCUUAGCACUAGGUCUGGACUGAGACAGGAGCUGAUUCUCCAGCGUCUUGUGCAGCUAUUUAUCCUAGCACAAAGUAGACCUACAGUGCUGCUAUAAGAUCACAAAGAUAGCAUUCACAUCCCCUUCUGUUUUGCCAUGAUAGCAGAUAAAAAAAGCAGGGCUGGUGUUGAUUUUACUUGCGGAAGAGAAAAAUAAGCAUUUCUCUAUAGUCACCUCUGCUUCCAUGUCUAUGUAUUGCACUUUUAAAUAUCCGGUUGUAGCCAUUUGGAUUCAGCUGAGAUUAAGCCAAAACCAGCCAGAUUCCUUGCUGGUAUAGCAAAUCAGAUAGGAUGUCAGGGAAUCAGAGGCAGCUUCUUGAACUACUGCUUAGCUUCAGGUGCAAUAUAGAGCAGCCUGGGGACUGGUCUAACUUGCACCAUCUAGCAAUACUCUAAAGUCAACGUGCAGCAUGUUCCAGCCUCAAGCAGUUCCUUGCCCUGCCAGAUUUGCACUCAGAUGGGAACUAUGUGCCACACUCUUAGCCAAUGUGAAAAAUCUAGCUCAUAGUGUCCCUGCUAGGACUUCUUUUUUGCAUUUUUCUAUUCUUUUCUCACCUAAUUGUAAAAUGGAAGUCAUUCAGACUGGAUUGCUCUGUUUUUGUGGAGGAACAUAAAUAGUAUGCAGCCUCUGAAAUUUGAUUGUGGUGAAUACCAUUGUUCCUUAUUGAAAUGAAAGUCUGCUUGACAUUAUUGUACUCUGCUGAGUAACUUUUGACUUGCUGUGGGUAGGGAACAACUGGUGUGGGCAGCACUUGCUGCAUGUUUUACAGGCAUAACAAACGCUACCCUGGUUUCCCAUGCUCUGUACACCGGAUGGUUUCACCUUGUAUUACUAGGCAGAGGCAGCUCAGCUUUGCACUUCAACCCUAUGUCCUUCCCACUCCAUUUCACAUGACAAAGAGAAGCAAUAUUGCUAUUCACUGUGAUAACUAUAAAAAUACCUAGAAAUGUAUCUUCAUUUGUAUGCUUGUAUUCUCACCAACUCUCACUGGAUGCUUAUGGGUGCAAUAAAAAGAAAGAAACUGGGAUGAUUCUCAGAACUUAGUAAGUGAAAGUUAGCUUGUCAGCUGCUUGUGCAAUCUAUAUUUGUCUGUGAAUUAAUGCAUGAGUUAUUUUUUGCUGCAAACCACUAAGCAUAUGAUAUGUGUGUGAUACGAUGAGUCUCUGUUCUUUCUGCUUCAGCUACUGUUUUACAAGCUGAUAUCUUGAAACAGCUGACAUAAGAGUUUUCUAAUAAAGUAGCUGCAAAAUGUUUGAAGGUCUUUUUUUAAAAAUAAUUUUCAAAUUUACAGUUAGUCAGCUGAUAUUAGAUCAACAUUAGGAAAAUUCUAGUUGCUGCAUAAGGAUUAGUCUGUAUGGAUGAACUUUAAAACUUACACUCCCAAACAGGCAUCUUAGUCUGGCAUAGUGGAUACCUUGAACAGUAAGCUUCCAUUUUUUUUUGACAUGUAUUUCCUCUAUUCACCUAUGUAAAUUUGUCCCACCUAGGUGAAUGUCAUAAGCAAUAACAUGUUAAUGUACUGUAAAAAGGUAGGGAUUCAUUUAAAGUUGGUGGUAUAUCUGUAUGAAAAGUUGUGCAAAGUAUCUAGCCAAUGGUUUAUAGUCUUCAGAAACAUGGUUCACUGAAUUCUAAGGAUGACCAUUUUUUCACAAACAAGUCUAUGAAAUAAGUUUUUAAUUAUUAUAUUCUUGUUGUCCGGAUAAGGAACGCUACUCUUGCAAUCCUCUGGCCUGUUUCACUAUCGAGUAGGUGUUUGACAUGUCAGCACAGGAGUGAAUGACAAAUUGGGUGAUUAGUCUUCCCAAUUAUUCCAUACCUCUGCUAUUUACCAUAGAUUUUAAGGCCUUACAAUAUGUUUAUGUGGGCUUUUCUACCACAGCAACAUUUUCAGCACCUGUGUGUUGCAGCUCACUCUCUAAUUAGGAACACAGAGGAGAGUAAGAAUGGCUAAGAAAUAUAAUAUUGACUCCCUGUUUUAUAUCACAUUGAUUCUCAUACUGGCAAGUCUGAAAACACUCCAUUAGUUGAUUUCUGUGACACAGACAUGGCUGAAAGCAACUGCUGACACUGAGAAUGUUAAUAUCUUUGGAAAAAGACUGAUGAUAGGAGGGGGACUGCUAAUGGCCACUUGAAGCACAAGUCUUAAAAGUUGCAUACCAGAAAAUCUACCAGCUGUUUCUGAUCAAAGCUAACUGGAAGCAUUUGGAAAUACCUACCAGAGAUUUGGUCUGCCAAUGAACAAAAAACUGAUUCUUAAGAAAUGGUGACGUCAUCUCUUUCCCUACUGAAUUUCUUACUUCACCUAAAAGAAACAUGCUGAUUGCACCAAAACCAAUAGCCUCCUACUUUACAAAGCAGCAAAGGAAAAAAGGUUUUGCAAGCCA